CAGUGGCUGAACAGCCUACCAUCUCUUACGCCCACAAGGAGCAAGUCCAUCCCUACCACAUGGAUGCAGCCACAGACCCAAACUGCAUCUCAUGGGGCAUAUGCGACCUCUCCUCCUCCUUCAGUAAUUUUCUUCUCCUUUCCCAUCCAAGAAGCCUGUACUGCUCAUCAUGUUGUCGUUGUUUGUGUUACACAGACAAGUUCGUCACCAUGCUGGCGGUAAAGGAAAGAACACUUGAGCCACUGCCUCGCAAACAAAACAGCGACAGACGAGCUACCGCUACCACUACCUCUGCUGCUACUGCUAAUGUACAGACCAUCACUUCAUCGGAUCCUCAAAGCUCUACCCACGCCUAUGCAACUGACCUACAAAAAGGAAUUCCACGCAGCCAACCACUCUCUCAAGCAAGCACCUGACAAGACCUGUACAGCGUGAACAAUCUACGCCGCCGCACAUGAAGUCCGAAGCAGUCGAAGCCUUUGCAUCCAAGACGAUGAGGCCAGAAGCACUGGAGGCUGCCAAAGCAUUGGUAGAUCAGGAAAACAGACAGCCAGCGUCAACUGGCUUGUCUGGUAGAGAGCAGUUGCUGCCUCAAGAGACCCCAAACCAUGUUCCGACUACGGUCACACACUCACCUUCGCCCUCACAAGACACCGUACGCAGCACACACGACACUGAUGACGAUGCCUCGAGAGCUUCGACCCUCCUCGCUGAAGUGAUUCAGGGUGCCAAGACUGCUGUUGACGACGCCCUAGCUUGGGCCGAGAAGAAGGUCGGCAGUCUGGACUCAGAGAAAGGCGGUGCAGGACCGUACGACUCACCAGCUACAUGCAUGCCUUCAGAUCUCGAUGCUAUUGCCAGUGGCAUCCUGCCUUCCAUACCAAGCAAGAGCCAGCACGAUGAGAAUUCUCGGGCAAAGGGAAAAGAGAUAUAUGAUACAUCAUCGGGAGAGGAAACCGACAAGCGCAAGGGACAGGGCAGUGCUUGAAGCAGCAUGUUGAGCAUAUGGUGAUGAAGCGGCAAAUGAUAAAUUUGCACGAGCCGAAGAAAGAGGGAAACGGUGCAUGCCGCUCUGUUUACUUUGAUUCAUUUGUAUGUUAUGGAAGCCAACCAACAGACUUAUCAAAGACUAUAUUGCGUU